GCGUGAUGGAAAGAACGUAUAAUAGCGAGAUUGCGAGAUGAUAUAUUUCAGUCCAGUUUACUCCAUCAGUUUCAACAUCGGUUGGCAUGCAAGAUCGCGUCGUGCGGCUCGUAAACGUUACUUCAGAGGGCUGCACCUACAAGACUCGCGGAUUUCAUCGAUGAAUUCUCAGAGAGCGUACUCGAAAAUAGAUAAAUCGAGGGAAGCAAUGUUCUUCGAACAUCUUAUCUCGGUGACUAUAUCAGCGACGCUUCUCGUUCUUAUCAUUGUCGCGCCGAAAAGUCGCAAAAAAAAAAAACAGAUCGGUAUCGCAGGGGAAGAGUCUUCCGCGCGAAGUCGCGGUGAUGAAUUCACAUGAUAAUUGUAGGACAAUUAGACGCCGCACUUUGCCGAAGCUUCCUCAGAGGGCCGUACCAACCGGGCGAGAAGCUCGGAAGGCGUUAGACACUGAUUAGACGUGGUCUAAUCGGCUAUGGGGUCGGGCUCGAUCACAGUUGUGAUUGUUGAUUUUAGCCAGCCCAAUUGAGCAAAAUCGUAGCGCGUUCCGUGCUCGACUUAUUGAGAUUUCAGAUAACGUUAAUGCGAGUUCGACCGUUCGACCGCGUCCCAGCCGGCCGGACAAAGUUCACGAACGUGAACGUGAUACAAGGGCAAGCUAGGAAGUAUCCGGCCGCCAAAGAUGCUGUUACGAAUAUACUCGCUGUGCAUCCUGGCCCUGGACCUCGUGACACUCUUUGUUGGAAUAUGUUGCACGAUCCUGAUAGCUGUCUAUAGGAUGUUCAGGCCACCACCCUUGAAGAGUUUAAACUACGAAGUGGCCAUGGUCGUAGGCGCCGGACGUGGGAUAGGUAAGGAACUCGCUCUACAGCUGUGCCAACUUGGCGUCGCGGUUGCUUGCGUGGAUAUUAACGCGGAAACUUGCGCUGCCACUGUGCAACGCGCCCAACAGUUGCAUGGAGUAUGUAGAAGCUAUCAGUGCGAUGUGAGGAGUAAAGAUACGGUCGCUCGGACUGUAAAUCUUGUUAAAAAUGAAUUGGGAAACAUUACGAUGCUCUUCCAUUGUUGCGGUUUGCCUAGUCCACGUGCAUUAGUACAAGAAUCAUCGGAAGUAAGAGACACCAUGGACGUGUCAGUCAUCAGUCACUUUUGGUUGUUGGAUUCAGUUUUGCCGUGUAUGCGACAUGCCGGUAAAGGCCACAUCACGAUUCUGUCGUCCGUCGCCGGUCUCUCCAAUGGGUCGAGUGAUCGAGGAACCCGAGUUCCCUUAUCCACCGCGCAAUUCGCGGUGCAGGGAUUAGCAGAAUCCUUGCAUAUGGAAUUAAGACAUUCAAAUAGCAACAUUAUCGUUUCACUAGUUCACGUUUAUCCAUUUAUCGUUGGGACAGAAGUUGCGAAAGAUAUACGUUUUAGAAUACCGAGUUACUUUGGUACGAUGCCUGCCGCAGAAGCUGCUAGACAAAUUUUAGACGGCGUUCGCCGAAACUAUGCGGAGUUCAGUGUGCCGGGAUAUUUGCUUUAUCUCGCGCAUGUACUUAGGAUUCUCCCCAAAAAAGCAUCCUUUAUGUUACGUGAUUUGUUGGACACCGGAGUUGACUUUGCAUAAUGUUACGUAUAAAUCUAUAUAUUUUAUAAUUAUAGGUAUAGAUAUAUACAUAUGUUUUAUUAUCUGCUAUACGGAAAUCAAGAUUGCAUUUGAGUAUUCUCGAAGUAAAAUAAUACGAUAGUUUCACUCUUUAAUGGGUCAUCAAUCUUGAAAUUCUUGCUGCAUAAUUUCUCAGCAGGACAUAUUUCCUACCGAUAUUUUUCAUGUUCAUAUAAAAUAGUUUUGUAUAAUGUAUAUUUUACUUACUUCUUAAGAGAGAGAACGCAACAAAUGUCAGAAUUUAUGUAACAAAAAAUAUUUUAUUAGUUUUUAUACACUUGCAGAUUAUAUACGUUUUGUCAUGGAAAAGAUUUGUUCAUUACUUUCAUACGGUAAUAUGAUAUUAAGUGCACUCAAUUCUACUUUACAUAUAUUAUACUUUUUAAACUUAAGCAUAAU